UUUACACCAAAUAAAUUUAAGAAAAAUUAAGAUUUAUUUUCUUUUGUGACUGCAUGCAAACAGUUCUGUAAACGUUUUAAUAUGUUUGAUUGAAAUAAUAAAAAUAAGUACGGAUCCCGCAAAAACCCAAGAAGAAGAAGAAGACGCUGAUGUCAUCGCAUGCAACACUUGCACCCCGGUGAGUACAAACCUGAAUCUGUCCAAAAUGUUUUUGUACUAUAAAACAAAACAAGAAAUAACUAGAGUGUUACGUUAUAAAGUUGCUGAUUGCAGUUUUAGGACUUAAUGGCAGUCGGACUGUGCCGCGAAUGGUUGAAGGCAUUUAGACAGGUUUGUAACAUUUAUAAAAGAAAUUUAACGGAAGAAAUGGGCGGGAAGCUAGCUACAUUAGCCUCUUGUAGUCCAUAAGCUUCAACUGAACCUGCACUUAAUACAUUUAAUUAGCCAUGAUAGAGUCACAGAAUUCUUUAUAGUCAUGCUUGUUGUAAAAUUUGAGGAUCGAUAUAAACACCAGUGACCCUAGGCUGUGAUGAUCCUUAAAGUUUUGUCUAUGAGCCCCUGUCUGUUUGCAGCUAGGCCAUUUACUUCAAAUAAAAAACUUGGAUCAUUACAGGCAAAGAUCUCUCCACCUGUCUAUUUUGUUUAUUGCUGUUGCAACUUAUGAAGAGAAAUCAAGACCUUCCGAAAUCUGAACAUUUCUUUUUUUUUAUGUCAACAGGUUCUUCUUUGAUCUCAUCACCUCACGUAUAUUUCUGCUCUUUUAUAUAGCACCCACAAAAGGCACUUUUAAGAGCCACAUCUCUCUUAUCUGUUCGUCAUCUUUGUGUCCUUAAUUUGUCUAUUCUUAACUUAAUUUGUCAACAGUACUGUUUGUCUGUCUGUCUGUCUUUCUGUCAGUCUGUUUGUUUCUCCAUCUGAAGUCUUUGUUGUUGUUGUUGUUUUUUUUGCACGUUGCCAUUGUUUUUUUUUAAGUAUGACACACCCCAAAUUCAGGCCAUGCCCAAAGUGUCAAACGCCUAACCAGGCAAACAGAAAAACUUGUUUUGUCUGCCACCAGAGCCUUCCCACCAAAAAAAAUCUAAAAGAAAAGGUGCAGAUUUUUGACGAUCAGUGGAGGGAAGCUGUUUUAAAGAACAGAAACGUUUCCAGAGUAAUAGAUUCUGCACAAAUCGCAGUCCGCAAACUCCAUGCUUUAGGCUUCAAGCCCAUUUUAUUUUUCGCGAAGGAAGAAUCAUCUUCAAGCAAGUGGGUUGCGGACAUAAUUACACAUUUGGAGACCACGGAUACUACGAAGAAUUUUUUGGAUAAGAUGCAGAGGGCUUAUGAGUUUCUCCUCUCUGUCGGUAAUGCAUGCACACCUGUACCAGUGCAGCCCCAAACCUCUACAGAAGAUGCUUUUACACACAAAGAGCAGCUGACUGGUAAAAACGCUGAGGACUUCAUUAAUGAACCGAAGGAGACCACAGCUGAGGAGCAGCCAAAGAUCUCACCACAAAGCCAAGAAGAGACUGUGAUUGUGCUUGAUCUGGUUCCUGUUCCUCCUCCUCCUCCUACUGUUCCGUCCUCGCCAGCUUUCCAGACGAAAAGGGCCCGAAGCCCCUCUCCAGCUGCCUCUCCCAUAGACCAGCCAGAUCAGGAGUCAUAUGAAUCACCUGCUGCUAAUGCCAUCUCUUCAAGUCAGGGUGGCCUAUGUGACACUGACAGUAAGAAGAAAAGUGUAAGUUUUGUUUUCCUUAGUCCUGUGACUAUUGCUUUUACAUCCAUUGAUUUUCUUACACCAGGGGGUAGCUAUUAAAAAA